GGGCCCCAAAUUGGGUGUGGCCAACCUUCAGAGAUGCUGAAGAACUUCCUUCCCCAUCGAAUGUAGAUGUGAAAACAUCUGCAGUGACUGGCAGUAAGGGGAAUGGCAACGAGCAACCAGCAGCAAGUGUAGGAGGGAGCCGUGCUGGGAGCUACAGGUGUGUUCAUGCUCAAGAGGAGUCUCUCAGCUCAGACCGGGAACAGAGUGAUAGCCUGAGUCUAAAGUCUCAUCCAUCCCAGGAGUGUCACCUUCUCGCCGCUGUGCUCAUGGAGGUCUUGCAGUCUCUGAGCUCGCCCAGCCCCUGCCCCCACCUGUACGGCUCCGGGAACGUCAGCGUGGUCCGGGAGCACUACAACUGGACCGGCCGGCUGCAGAACCGGCCGUCGGAGAGAGGCGGCAUGGGGGCCACCAAGGCCUGCUUCCUCCUCAUCAGCGUCUGCAUCAUGGCGGAGAACCUGCUGGUGCUGCUGGCCGUGCUCUUCCGCGUCCGCCUGCGGCACCGCUGGGUCUACAUCUGCAUUGCCAACAUCACCCUCAGCGACCUGCUGACGGGCGGCGCCUACGUGCUCAACCUGUGCAUGUCCGGCAGCAGGACCUUCCGCCUGAGCCCCGCCCUCUGGCUCUUCCGCGAGGGGGUGCUGUUCGUGGCGCUGGCCGCCUCUAUCUUCAGCUUGCUCCUGAUCGCCGUGGAGAGGUACGCCACCAUGAUGAAGCCCCUGCACCAGAAGUCCGCCAGGAAGACCUGCCGCAUCUACGGCCUGGUGGCCCUGUGCUGGCUCCUGGCCUUCGCCAUCGGCUUCCUCCCCUUGCUGGGCUGGAACUGCGUGUGCCAGCUGGAGAGCUGCUCCACCCUCCUGCCGCUGUACUCCAAGAGCUACAUCCUCUUCUCCCUGGUCAUUUUCUUCAUCAUCCUGCUGGCCAUCGGGGUGCUCUACGGCGCCAUCUACUGGCACGUGAGGGGCAGCACGGAGAUGGGCUCCACGCGCAGCCGGACCCGCUCUCUGAGGCUCCUGAAGACGGUCAUCUCCAUCGUGGGGGCCUUCAUGGUGUGCUGGGGGCCCCUCUUCAUCCUGCUGCUGGUGGACUUCUUCUGUGAGUCGCGCAGCUGCGGCCCCCUCUACAGUGCGGACUGGGUCAUCGCCAUGGCGGUGCUCAACUCCGCCCUCAACCCUGUGAUCUAUGCGCUGGGCAGCGCCGAGCUGCGGCAGGCCAUCGCCAGCCUGCUGUUCUGCUGCUGCGUGAAGGCUGGCCUGUGCGACCCGGCCAGCUUCGCGUCCAAGGAGACGAGCAGCACCUCCGGGGGCUCGCACCGGCAGAACAGCCUGCGGAACAGCUUCAACCGCGUGCGGAGCAUGAGCACCAGCCCCACGCCCCCCCGCAAGGCCAAGAAACCCCGCCUCAGCUCCACCACAUCCUGCCUGUCUGUGUCGAUCGAUUAGACCACAGAAACCAGGCGUGUCUCCCGGGCCAACCGCGCCCUUGCAGCUCCACCCCGCAAGCUCCUCGUUGUUCCUUCCUCUGCGUGACACCCUCCACCGUUCCGUAUUUGUUUUUUUUCUGGGUAUUUUUUUUGUUUUUGUCUCUUUUUUCCGAGCUAUCCACAAGACUAACAGCUGAGGCAGAAUCAUGGUGUCACAAGCCCAGGCGCGCACGCACACACACACACACACACGCACAUACACACACAUGCACACAGAGAUACAGGCAUACACACACGCACACACACACACACACACAUGCACAUACACACACAUGCACACAGAGAUACAGGCAUACACACACGCACACACACUGCUGUAAUAUAUUAUUGCCUGCAAAAGGGGAAGGAAAAAUGAAAUAACAAAUCUUAUGGAAUCUAAUAUCUGGAGGCCAUACUGUUAUGUCCGAAGGUUCAGUAUUCUUAUUCUUGUCAGAGUUGAAUGUGCAAUAAAGUAAUGUGAAUUAAAAUAAAUAUAUUCUGGAAAAGGGAUUCUGUUUUAAAAAGUAGUUUCUUUUGAUUAAUACCUACAGAGCUUAUUUCAGCUGUAUUAGUUGUGCUUGACAAAUAUGUUUUAAAAAACUGAAUAGAUUUAUAUAUUGAGUGACAGAGUUAUAUGUUGUAAAAUGUUGCUUUCCUGUACUUAUUAAAGGUUCUUGAUACCUUUUUACUAUAUUUUUAAAUACAGUUUUUGUUAGCGCUGAUUAUCGUUAAGAAUACAGUGGUAUCUUGAAAAAACUGAAUUGAGAUGACAUAUUGUAAAAUGUCGCUUUACUAUACUUAUGUUUCAUUGAUAUUAAAGAAAUAUUAAUUUCAUAUUUUGGCCAUUGUACAGUAUGUUCCUAUUGUUUAAAUAAGUCAUAGUUAGUAAAUAAAUCAAGUGAGCUUUUUAAAAAAUAUCAAGGCAAUAUACCAUAUAAAUUCCACUUGAUUCUGUUUCUAUAAGACUGAAAAUAAAAUGAUUUUGCAGGA